UUUGAAUGAUCCAAAUUUUUUGGCGUAAUGAGUAUAAAUUUCGUGAAUCGCAACCAAUUUGUAUCAGACUUCGUUUAAUAGUCAGACAAUCAACACUUAAGUAAAAUGGCUUCAAAUACUUUGUUUAUCGCAUUCUUUGCAACCCUCGCCAUCUCCGGCUGCAUGGGAGGCCCUGACGCAAGUGUGGCAGUCCCUGCAGCAGCAAUUCCGGCCGCGUACUCAGUACCCUACGCAUCAUCUUACAGCGCAAACGUUAUUAACCACGCUAUCGCCGCACCUGUAGCUGCCGUUGCUCCUGCUAGAUUAGCUGCUGCUCCAGUUGCUGCAGUAGCUGCUCCAGUAGCCGCUCCAUUUGUCGCUAGGUCGGCGCCUUUGAUUGCUCCAGCUUCUCCAUUCGCUGCUCCUUACUUUGCUGCUCCGGCACCUUAUUUCGCUUCACCUUAUGCGGCGGUCGCACCAGCUCCAUUAGUGGUUGCUAAAUAAGUUUAUUGAUUUAUUAUGUUUACUUGCUACAUAUGGUUAAUAUUUUGUAAAUAAAUUUAAAGUAUUUAGUGCCAUAUAAUGUUUGAUGUAAAUAAAGUUUGAAAAGUAUUUAGAAUUAAA